UAGUGUGUGUAGAAGCUAGAAAGCCUCACUAGCGUGACGAGAUGUUCUCUGUUGUGCGGUAUGUGAAAGAGAGAACCUGGCUUGUGUUGUCUCUUCAAAUCAGCGCUGCAUUGGGGACAUGCCCUAGGGCGCGCACGGGAACAAACCAUUUCCGCCCUCCGCAGUAGGCGCCUUUAACCGAGCGCCCUGCUUUUGUAGAGACCUCGCCGAAAAGCAAAACUGUCAUUCACUCACGCGCACACCGUGAGAGAUGGACUGCGAAAUUUUACCAUCAGUUUAGCCGCCGAAUAUUAGCAUUUAUUUAAUUCAUUUAUUUUAAAAUACUUUUCUUUCUUGUCUAGCAGAAGACCUUGACUGCUCAUCAUGAAUCUCGUCAUUUGUCUUGCACAUGCUUUGUGCUCUUCCAUUGCUGUUCAUUCUCAGCACAGAGAUGUACAGGAUGCUUUCCGCACCAGUUGCUCUCAUCAAAUUAGAUGGUCAGGACGGUGAGCAUAGAUGUAAUGAAUGGGUCUUCCUUCUGUACGCUUCAUGCCGCUUCUCCACGUGUGCACGGCCAACUCAUGAAUGACUGCGACACAUCCCUGAACUCACUCUGCAAGUCAACUUUCAAGACCUGAUGGAUUUAAAGAGGGUGCUGUCCUUCCCUCCAUAUCCAGGAGACUACCUACACCCGGUUGUUUAUGCAUGUACGGCAGUUAUGUUGCUCUGCUUGCUGAUAUCGAUAAUGACAUACAUUAUACACCACAGUGUAAUCCGAAUCAGCAGGAAAGGAUGGCACAUACUACUGAACGUCCUCUUUCAUACUGCCAUGACGUUUGGGGUGUUUGCAGGAGGCAUCAAUCAGAUCAAGUACCCCAUUGUCUGUCAAGUGGUUGGAAUCCUUUUGCACUACUCCUCUCUCUCCACCAUGCUUUGGCUGGUGCUCACUGCCAGGAAUACAUGUAAUGAAGUCUCCAAGGCUCCACCCCUCUCUCAGGACAGAGAUCCUCCCACACAACCCCACACUAAAUUCACCAUAUUCAGAUUUUAUCUGUUCAGUAGUGGGAUCCCCAUUGUCAUUGUUGGGGUCACAGCUGCUGUUAACCUGGAUAACUAUGGUAGCAGAGAUAAUGCCCCUUAUUGUUGGAUGGCAUGGGAGCCCAGUCUGGGAGGCUUCUAUGGACCCACUGCAGUCCUAGUUCUGCUCAUGUGUAUGUAUUUCCUGUGCACAUUCGUGCAGUUGAAGCGGCACCCAGAGCGUAAGUAUGAGCUGAAGGCCAUGACAGAGGAGCAGCAACGUCUAGCCACUGCAGAAAUCGGCCACUGCCAUGCUGCCAGUGGAGAACCUGGAGAACAGGGUGACCAUUCAGGUUGCAUGGCCAUCACUGCCUCCAUGCUUGCCAAUGAGCACUCUUUCAAGGCUCAACUGCGGGCCACUGCUUUCACUGUCUUCCUCUUCCUGGCCACAUGGGCCUUCGGGGCAUUAGCCGUGUCACAAGGCCAUUAUCUGGCCAUGAUAUUUAGCUGUUUAUAUGGGGCAUUCUCAGUCACUCUGGGACUCUUUCUGCUUAUUCAGCACUGUGCUAAACGGGAUGAUGUGUGGCACCGCUGGUGGGCCUGCUGUCCCUCUAAACCAAAAUUGGAUGUGAAUGGAGAGACAGCAGAAAGUACUGAAAGUAAAAGUCACUUUGAAGGAAAACGACCUGAUGCAGGUAAACCUUUACUCUCCCCCCACCUUCUCGCAUCUUCACCCCACUGUAAUCCAAGCUCCCUGUCCACAGCUCAGAUUCCCAUGAGCCCAUGCUGCUCCACAUUGUAUAGCUCUUCUCUAGUGCUAGAGGGCUCCGCUCAUUCGCUGUCUCUCCCUGAGGAGUUACCCCGCCCCUCCCUACCCCUGCAGAGCUGCCUGAAGGACAGGACUAAGUCUCGCUCAUUCAGUCGGCCACGGCCCUGCCUCAGGGACUACACACUACACAUGGCUUCGACCAGCUUGGAUGGAAGUGUGCAGAGUUCCCAUCUGGAUAGCCCUCACAGCAUGCAUUUAGAAAAUCCCAUCACUUGUCAUACCUCACACCUGGAGAGCCGGCUCUCCUGUCAAAGCCCUCAUCUGGACAGCCAGCUGUGCUGCACCAGCCCUAACAUCCACAUGGAAAGUCACAGAACACACCUGGAUAGCCAGCUGCCUUGUCAUGAGGGACAUACAUGCCACAGACAUGUGUGUUGUGCUAAGGCAGAACCUUUAUCCAGUGUCUGCUGUCCCAAAACAGACCCUUUUUCUGGUGCUUCCCAGGGAGAUACCAGCACAGAUACCUUGAUGCACAGCAGCACCAAAAUGACCAAUAAGGAGGAGGACAUUAUGUUGCACUUAGAUAUUCCUCCACCACGGGCCACUAUGCCAAGCUCUCAGGCUACUCUCAGCAGGAAGGGCACUCUCAGCCGGAGAGGGACGCUGAGCCACAAUAGCAGCCUGCAUGAGGACUAUGUGUUCAGCCCUGAUUCCACAGGUAACAUUAGGACAGGGCCAUGGAAAAAUGAAACCACUGUGUAGCCCUUCAUAAAUAUCCUGUUUCUUCCCUGAGCUAAACUGCUACUAAACUACUGUGUAGUCCCAGGACUGUAAUCCAAAGCACCUCUGAGUAAAACUACUGUGUAGUCCUUCCACUAUGACUUUCACCUACACACUCCCAAAACCUACACUUAACCACUAAGUAGGACUUUGUGCAAUUGAAGGUAUUUGUUUAGGUAUCACACAAUUUGCUGUUCACCUUUAAUACACCUGCAUGAACCAUGUUUAUGUUUUUGUGCCACCUAAAAUAGCCCUGACAAACAUAAUUAUACAUUAAAGUGUUCUCGAGUGAGGUUUCCAAAUGGCUUUAGUGUGAAUGACUGUGUGUUUGAAUGCAUAUGUUUGUGGGCAUAUGUUGUCAGGAUAUCAGUUUAAAAAUACUGGGUGCAAUGAGAGACUUUUCAACUGAAGUCACAUGUGUGAUUAAAUAAAAUUAACUCAGAACCUAUGGAAUAACUACAAAAGUAAAUCACGGCAAAACCAUUUUCACAGGUUUUCAUAGAUUAGUCAAAAUAUAUGACAAAUAUUGCACAACCUGGAUUGAACCUGACCGUUCUUGAUGAUGCCGUAAACCUGACAAUUAUUGCUUAUAACUGAUCGUGUAGCAACAAAAAAGCAACACUAAGCACCCAAAAAACAAAUUAACAAAUAGUCUUCAGUCUGUUACCAUGGUGACAGAUAAAAAAGAGAUGUACCCAACCAGCAUGAGUUUUUAUGUACUGCACAUUUCUGCAUUUUUCUGCGAAUCAGCCAAAAUUUUUAAGCCUCAGUCAGGCACUGAUCGUCAUGCAAUUUUAGUGUAAUUGUGUGUGUGUGUGUGUAUGUGUGGUGGACACAUUAAUUGUUAACAAAUGUAAACCAAGUUGUUGGACAUCAGCAGUUUUUAUAUUCUUGUUUAAUUAGAGAAUUUACUCUUACGUUUUUUCAGCCACCACAUUCCCAAAGACUUAAUUCCCCAUGGUUUCUUCUUUCUUAUUUAUCAGUCUCAGCCCAAAUGAUUUUGGCAAUCAACUGAGUACAGAAGCUGAUAAGAUGGAAGAUUGUGCCUAAAAUGAAAACUAAAAUAACAGUUAAAUAAUGAUAGUAUAUUUAUGAAGUAUAUAUCAAAGAGUCAUAGGGAAUAUGGAAGAAGCUUCACAUUUCUGAGCUCAUAUCUAGUGUAAAACUGCAACUUUUUCCACACACAAAACACCGCAUUAGUCCUGUGAGAUAUCUGGCUUCAGCUAUCUAAUAUGUAUGACACUGAAAUCAAAUGUUAGUGUUGGUUAUUUGGAAUAAUAUAUCCGUUGUUUAGUCAUGUUGUGUUUCUUUGUGAGCUCAGGGAUCAUGUCUAAUUUGUCACCAGUUAAGCCACAUACACUGUAAAUGCAUGCAGUUACCUUCUACACCUUAUUUAUCACACAACGGGACACUGAGAGGAAAGCAAAAACAGAAAAAAACACUGUCUUAAUCUUACCUUUAAGUCUACAGAUUCAAUCAAAAUGCCAUUAUACUGUACUUUGAGUUCUGGGAAGGAAAUGAAAAUUGUCCAGUUGUUUUUGGAUCCAUGUGCUAAUCAGUAUGUACAUCCACAUCUUUCUGAUAGAACAUGAAGUGCUGCUUUGCUUUCUGGACAAAAGAUGACAUUUCUGUUAUGACCUAACUCAAAGUCAGCUGUUGUUACUUUUAAACCACA